GAUGUCAAACGUGAAGAAGCACAUCUUAUCCCAUCGUAUCAGCAUCAGUAUUCUAUCAGUUCCUUCGAGGCAAUAGGAAAAUAUUUGUAAGCCUGGCUUCAUGCAAUAUAUGCCUCUUCGAACCGACGAUGAUUCGUCAAACGCACCGGCCCUCCGUCCGAAGAAAAUUUCCCGCCAGCUGACCCGCAGACCAAUAAUGCUGUUGUUCAUCCUGGGAAUAUUGUUUCUGGGAUACCUAGCAAUAGCCAAUGAUCUCAGUACAACGAGAUUCGGUUCGUCCGCCAUCGACAGCAUAGCAAGCUCUCUAAAACUCCAGAAGUAUCGCUACAUUGCGAUCAUCGAUGCUGGAUCGACAGGCACUCGUCUUCUAGCCUUCACAUUUCACUCCUCCAUCAUCAACGGAGAUCUCAUUCUGGACAAUGAGUUCUUCGAAGAGAUAAAACCGGGUUUGAGCAGCUACACUAAUGCCAAGAACAUGAUCGAAUCUCUGGAGAGAUUGAUUAAAAGAGCCAAAGCUGUUAUUCCAGAGGACGCCUGGUCGCAGACGCCCCUGAGUCUGAAAGCAACUGCUGGACUGAGGCUGCUGCCUGAAGCAGAGGCUCAUCUUAUUCUCGAUGAGUGCAGAAAUUACUUCAGAAAUUCCGGCUUUCUCAUCACUGAUAACGCCGUAUCGCUGAUGGGAGGCGUUGACGAGGGAAUUUACGCGUGGUUCACUGUCAAUUUUCUGCUGAAUCGUCUGAGCUCGCACAAUAUUGGAAGCACCGUGGCUGUACUAGAUCUAGGGGGUGGGUCUACCCAAGUUACUUAUGUGCCUGAUGAAGAGGAUUUGAGGAAACUUGAUAAUCAUAUUUACACGAUCAAUGCUUUUAGCCAUAAUUUGAGCCUUUACACUCAUAGCUACUUGGGCAUGGGUGUGCUGGCGGCCAGAAGGGCCAUUUUAACAUUAGAUCUAAACGCUGAGGAAACGGAUGUCCCUGGGAUUAUUCAAGUUAAAUCGGAAUGCAUUAAUCCUAUUAUUGCGACUGAGUGGAGUUAUGGGGGGCGGAAUUACAUGGUCAAGGGCCCAGUCAAUGGGUCUUAUAAAAUUGUGAAGACACAGAAUUAUGCUGGGGCGGAUGAGAAGAGGCCCAUUGUGAGGGUUGAAGACUGCAAGAAUCUUGUUAAGAAGUUUGUCAGCGGUGCUGAGGAUCGACCUGUCGGGUUGAGGAAACGGGACAUCUACGGGAUUUCUUAUUACUUUGAUCGUGCCACUGAGGCCGGCUUGAUUGAUCCAUUCAAAGGUGGUGUGAUAACACUCAGUACUUUUUACAACGGAACUGUUGAUGUUUGCAACUAUCCAAAUGCAGAUCAGCCCUUCGCGUGCCUGGACAUGAUGUAUAUUUAUGUAUUAUUGGAGGACUGUUUCGGACUUGACAGUUCAACUAAAUUAAACCUGUACAAGAAGUACGACGGCCACGAGUUGAGCUGGGGCCUCGGUGCUGCUUUCAGCAUACACCGGGAUCUCUGAUUGUUGAUUGAAAUCAUCAACUUCGUUGGCUGUUUCAUACCCUGAAAAUCUCGGCAAAGCCCGCCGAUGGUGAAUAGAUAUUCAAUGAGGCUGUGGGAAUAUUAUUCUUCGAGACCCUCUGGUAUUGCUUCGAAGUAGAUACUCAUCAUUUCAGUGCCUUUCUCUCCGGAAGAAUUAAUGAGUCAUAUCUUGAAAUUCCUCAAACGUUUUAUCUCAAGUAAUAACUACUACCGUAUGUUCAAAUGUGAAGAAAAGUAUGUGCUCGUGAAUUUGUGAGAAUGCGCUUUUUAUAGAAAUUGAUAAGUAGAGAAUUUUAGGAGACAUUUAAGAUUUAUUUUUGGACGAUUUUUUUAUUUCGGUUCACUUGUUGGGGAUUGAUCAUUCACGUAAUUGCAUGAUAACUGUUAUCGUGCCAUUAAUUUAAAAAACAUCUCUUCUCGUAUUGUUAUAUUGUAUUAUUACUGUUGAUAUUUUUAAUUUCAUGUAAUAAAAGGACCCAUACAUCUGGAAA